AUGUACAUCACCCUCUACUACAUAGUCAGCCGGCUCCCUGACUCUCUCGGCGUAGUCAGGGACCACUUCCUCUUAGUUUGUCCCACCACUCUCACCGUUGACCUCCUCGAGAAGGCCCUCCUAGCGACAGAGAAGAGCAUAUUUGCUGUAGGAGCCUCUCGUGGUGACCCUUGCACCACCGUCUUUGAGGGGUGUUCUCCCUCCCCCCUCUUGCCCUCUGUUGCCUCUGCUAGUGCGGCCGACCUCGUUGGUUUCGAGGCACUGGAGGGGCUGGCGGGGGCGGUGGAGGUGGUGGUGGAGGCAGUGGAGGGAGUGAGGGUGGUGGUGGGAGUGGUGCCGGGGGUGGUGGCAGUGGCGGCAGCAGUGGAGAAGGCGGAGGCGGUGGAGGUGGCGGAGGGAGCGGAGGCGGCGGAGGUGGUGGAGGUGGCGGAGGUGGAGGAGGUGGCGGAGGCGGCGGUGGCGGCGGCGGUGGUGGAGCGGGUUGCGACUCUGCGCAGAGGAGUGGCUCAGGUGGUGGUCCGCGCCAGCACCAGCAGAGUGGUGUGA